AAGAAAGAAAAGCAUUUCAGAAAACAGACAAAGACCGGCCUACUCUCUCCCAGGCUUCAUGAAAGGCUGCACACGUCACACUCGCACCAUUAGUCUCCCUCAAACUUCCACGGCUACAGAACUCUGCUAGUAUCACACACAAGCCAAAGGGGAUUCCAUUGAGCCAUUUAAAACACGGGAGAACACUGGCAGAUCGACUAAUCCUUACCUGAGGCUCCACCUCUGCGUGUGUGUGCGUGUGUGUGUGCGUGUGUGAAUGUGUGUGUAUGUGUCUGUAUGUUUGUAUGUAUCGACUCUGUCUGUGAGUCUGUUAUUUCGUGGAUUAGACCGACCCUGUGUGCGAGCCAUUUUUUUCCUCCUUUGUGCUCCGGUGAGCCUUGGUCACUGUGUCAGAGUGUGAGAAUGCGGUCGGUGUGUGUGUCGGGUUUUUGUGUGUGUAUCUCUGUGUUGCUCCACUUUGCUAUUUCACAGCCGCCCACAGAAAGUGACAUCUACACGGAAUGCACAGAUGGCUAUCAGUGGGACCCUCAGACUCAACACUGUAAAGAUAUAAAUGAGUGUGAGACGAUCCAGGAUGCGUGUAAAGGAGAGAUGAAGUGCUUUAACCACUACGGUGGCUACCUGUGUCUUCCUCGUUCUGCCUCGGUCAUUCCUGCCUCGGAAAGUCCAAAUCAAAUACAUCCAGACCUGGAGAGCCCAGUCAGCGAACCUUACAACCCCUGCCAAGCAGGCUAUGAACCCCAGGGAGACAGCUGCGUCGAUGUGAACGAAUGCGAGAGAGACACACAUGACUGCCAACCCAGUCAGGAGUGCAUCAACACAGACGGCGGUUUCACUUGCCAGUGUCCUGAUGGGUAUCGUAAAGUGGGCAGCGAGUGUAUUGACAUCGAUGAGUGUCGAUACAGAUACUGCCAGCAUCGAUGCGUUAACGUCCCUGGUUCCUUUUCCUGCCAGUGUGAGGCCGGUUUCCAAAUUGCCUCCAACAACCGCUCCUGCAUUGAUGUGGACGAGUGUGACAUGGGCGCCCCCUGUCAGCAGAGAUGUUAUAACACAUAUGGCACGUUCCUGUGCCGUUGUGAGCAGGGCUAUGAACUGGGUCCCGACGGGUUCACGUGUAACGACAUAGAUGAGUGCAGCUAUUCCAGUUACCUCUGCCAGUACCAGUGUAUAAAUGAACCGGGGAAGUUCACGUGUGUUUGCCCAGAGGGUUACCAGCUUCUGGGAACUCGUCUGUGCCAAGAUAUUAACGAAUGCGAGACAGGGACACACAGGUGCACAGAUGGUCAAACGUGUGUGAACAUUCAUGGUGGCUAUCAGUGUGUUGACACAAACCGUUGCAAAGACCCCUACAUGCAAGUGUCUGACAGUCGCUGCGUGUGCCCCGUCACUAAACCUGCUUGCCGUGAUUUGCCCUUCUCGAUCGUCCAUCGCUACAUGAGCAUAACGUCUGAGCGGUCCGUACCUUCCGACAUCUUCCAAAUCCAGGCCACGAGCAUCUACCCCGGGGCUUACAACACUUUCCGGAUCCGUUCAGGAGACGACAACGGGGACUUCUACAUCAGGCAAAUCAACAACGUCAGUGCUAUGUUGGUCCUUGCACGUGCCGUCACGGGACCCAAAGAGUACGUGCUCGACUUGGAAAUGGUUUCUGUCAACCCUCUUAUCAGCUACCAGAGCAGUUCUGCUUUACGUUUGUCAAUCUACGUCGGGGAGCACGCCUUCUAAAAGAGAGAGUGAAAGAGAGAGAGAGAGCGAGGAAGAGAAAGAGAUGUUCAGUGUAAGGGGAACAGGAGAACGAAAUAAAGGGAAAAUAUUAAAAAGUGGAAAAAAAAAUACCCCACCAGAGGUCAUGCACAUAGAGUGUUUGACACAUCUCCAAACUGUCUCAUAAACAAUAAAGCAACCCCCCGAAAAACGUAACACACACAUCUGAUUUGUUCAAUUAAAAAUAGUCAUAAACGAUAGGAUCAAAAGCUCAUACACCACAAAAGCUUAUCUCAUUGUGUCAUUUGAAAUAUGCUAAUAAAACCAACUGCACUAUGA